AUGGACUUGAAGAUGUCCAUCAACAGCUUGGAGGAGUCCUUGAAGGCUGCUAGCUGCGAUGUCAAGACGACCGCAGCAUCAGCCUUCCCUUCGCUUUCGCAGGAGCUGCCAUGCUUGAAGAGCCAGGGAUCAAUUGUCACAACGCCAGCAGAUUCAGAGUUCCAUUUGUUCGGACCCGGGUUCACUGCUGAUGCGUUUCGCGUGGCAGAAGAGAUGGCUGGGCAGCCGUUGCCAGCCGAUCUGCUCUCUCCCCCAGAUUUGGCGGAAGUUGGCCCACAUGAUGUACAGAAUCCUGCCGACCUCGUACAGCUGAGCGACUCUCAGCAGUGCGCCGUAUUUCCAGCGCUGUGCUUCAUGGCAUCGCGAAUUUUCGGAUGUCAGGCUCGGGAGAGCCUGCUCAUCGUGUCUCAAGCUGUCUCGGAGCUCAGCUUCGAAGAGCAUGCAGAGCUGCCCCUCGUCUUUGCACUUCUUCAUCUCAGGUUGAAUCAACAGCGCUUGCUCACAAGCACGGGCCCAAUCGUUGCCCACCGCUUUCAGCUCAUCGCGAUUCUCACAUUGACCUGGUGCAAGCAGAAAUUGUCCUGCGUGAUGCUGAGGCGCGCACCAUCUCUGUUUUUCCCUAGCGGCUCGCGUGCUGCUAUCACUGCCGAUGGAUCCUUCAUGGCGAGCCGAGCCUGUCGGAGCCUGCAGCUUCAGUAA